AUGGAUUCUGCAGUGUUCAUAGAAACUAUUGUGGCAGAUGUUAACUGUCCCAACUGUAUGACCUUCCUCAAGGAGCCUGUGAGCAUUGGCUGUGGCCACACUUUCUGCCACAGCUGUCUCUCUGGACUCUGGAAGCUCUCAGAAGAAUCCCAGGACUGGGGCUACACCUGCCCCCUCUGUCGAACUCCUGUGCAGCCAAGGAAACUAUAUCCUUAUUGGCAGCUGGCCAGUGUUGUAGAUAAGGUCAGUCUGCUAGGGUUCUGUGUGGAAAUGGGACUGAAGACUGAUGUGUGUAAUCUCCACAAGGAACCACUGAGGAUGUUCUGCAAAGACGAUGCCCUGGUAACCUGCAAGGCCUGUAACCAGUCCCCAGAGCAUAAAGCACACAUUGUUGUGCCCAUAAAGGAUGUUGCCUGGGAAUAUAAGUGGAAACUCUAGGAGGCUCUGGAACUUCUCAGGAAAGGACAGGAAGAAGCCUGGAAGCUGGAAGUCAGCGAGAAGAAAUGAGCUGCUAGCUGGAAGCUUCUCAGGUCCAUCUCACCAGUUGUGAGGAAGCAGUCUCAUCACAUUUUCACAUUCAGGAGCAAAUCUUGGAGCUUGCAGAAGCCAGAAGCAAUCUCCUUGGAGCUAAAGACAGAUUGUCAUGUACUGGGACUAAGAGAGAUCCUGAAGACAUUCAAUGUGCACCUAGGUCCAGACACAGUUUACUCCUGCCUUGUCAUGCCCAAGGUCAGAAAAAGUGUGCACUAUGGAGACACCCAACAGAACCUGUCUGACAAUCCUGAGGGAUUUUACUGCAAUAACAUUGUCUUAGGCAGCCAGUACAUCUCCUUGGAGGUAGAGGUUAGAGACAGGUCUGAAUGGGGUUUGGGAGUGUAUCUGGAAAAUGUAGACUGGAAAGAGAUGGUCUAUUUAUCCCCCCACUAUGGUAUCCCCCCACUAGGAAUGGUGAUAAUCCUAAGGAAGGGAACAGAGUCCCAGACAGGCACAGAUGAAUGCCCCCUCUUGCCCUUGUCAGUACUUCCACACCAGGUAGGAGUCUUCCUAGAUUAUGACCAUGAUAUCUCCUUCUACAAUGUGACUGAUGAUGGCUCUCACAUUUUUACUUUCCCUCAUUAUCCCUUCCUUGGCCUGCCCUAAUUUAGUCCUUGA